AAACAGUUGUAUGUGUUUGAGUGAGAUACGAGGUGAUGAACUCGAGAGAUAUAGCUCUGUUUUCCGCCGCAGCAGUGUUAGGUGCGGUGUCCUCCGCCGUCGCCUUCACCCACUUCUUCAACUCCAGAGAGCCCAAAAACAGCUGCUCCCCCCAAAACGGUGUCGUAAAGAAGAAACCCUCUCGGCAGAACCCCUUCGACCCAGCAAAACGAAACGGUAUUUGCGUUGCAGGUAUCUGUCUUGGGAUGACUAUUUUAUGGCCAUUGCAUUUCUAUCAGCUGAGAGGUCCAAGGAUCCAAAUCGACAGGUCGGUGCUUGUUUGGUGAGCGAGAAGGGAAUCAUACUAGGUAUUGGCUACAAUGGGUUUCCACGUGGUUGCUCAGAUGACAAGCUACCAUGGUCUAAGAAAUCCAAGAGUGGGGAUCCCCUGGAGACGAAGUACCCUUAUGUAUGCCAUGCUGAAGUCAAUGCUAUCUUAAACAGAAAUCAUGCAUCUGCUGCAGGGCAAAGGCUUUACGUGACCAUGUUUCCUUGCAACGAAUGUGCAAAGAUUAUUAUUCAGUCAGGUGUUUCAGAAGUUAUCUACUAUGUGGAAAAGCAUCUGGAUAACCCGGAUGUUGCUUAUGUUGCUUCUCACAAGCUUCUAUCUAUGGCAGACAUAAAAGUGAGGAGACAUCAGCCUCAGAUGGAUCAGAUCUUGAUCAAUUUCUAUGAAUUAUAGGAACUUGUAGUUUAUCAAUAUGACUUCCUUGCAUCUGCUGUAAAUGAGUACCUUGGGAAAACUCAUAGAGAAGAGUGGAAGGCUUAACGCCGAGAGCAAGAUGAGCUCCACAUGUUUAAGAUUUCAUGAUGUUUGCUUGCCUUGAAAUCAAAGUUUGGUGGCUUUUAUGGUGGUGUAUUGGAGUUUUACAGCAGUGAUAUCGACCGAUGAUGUAUACAAAUAGAUGUGCUUUGUUGUGUCAUGUGUUUGUGAAGAUCAUGCAACUUCAGCUUCGUCAAGUUUUUUGCAGUUUGUGAAGAGAGUUUUUUUUACCUUCAGUUAUAGCAGCAGUAGUUACUUACAUAAGCCAUUGCUGCUCUAUCCACAUGAAGAUAUGUAUGGUGUUAGUAUAGUUAUGCAAUAUUUAAAAUUUAUGGGA